AUGCCGUUUUCCACCGUCGUCCGCGCCCUGCGGCCAAGCUCAUCUUUCACGAGCUCCGUCAGCUCUCCUCGUGCUCGACUUCAUCCUCACCUGCGCCCGCACGUCUCUCCCUAUCCUCGUCUAUCAUUUGCUCGGUCGCCUUGUAGAUACGUGCACUCUAGCGAAUUCCAACCUUUUGUGCCUCCCUCUCCUAGCUCCUUAGGCAAACCAAAGCCCGCAAAGACCUACACGCGAACCCGCAGAUGGCUCCGUCGCCUCUUCUAUCUAUCGCUCGUGACUGGUGUCGCGUACACCGUCGACACCCAAUUCAACGCUGCCUCCCUAACCCGCACGGCUCGGACAUUUACGCUGGGAUUACUUGUCGCAGUGGACUAUAAGGUCAACUUUCGCCCCAACCCGCCACUUGCCAGCUCCAUUGCCGCCGUCCAUGCUCGCAACGCGGAACGACUCUCAAACCUCCUCCGACAAAAUGGUGGUCUCUACCUGAAGAUCGGCCAGGCGAUUGCCAUGCAAUCGGCUAUCCUGCCGCCGGAAUUCCAGAAGAUGUUCGCCCGCAUGUUCGACGACGCACCCCAGAACGACUGGAAGGAUGUGCAAAAGGUUAUCCAAGAGGAUUUCGGCAAAUCUGCAGAGGAAGUCUUUGGUGUGUCGUUUGCAGGCGAUCCUACCAAGGGAGUGAUGGAACGUACCGCCAGAGCGAGUGCCAGUGUGGCCCAGGUUCAUUGGGCUCGUCUCCCUGAUGGGAGAGAAGUCGCGAUCAAGGUCCAGAAACAAGAGAUUGCCCAGCAACUGAAGUGGGAUCUCUGGGCAUUCAAAGUCGUGGCCUGGAUCUACAGCAAAACAUUCGACAUCCCAUUCUACAGCCUUGUCCCCUACGUGAGCGAGCGCCUUUCCCUCGAAACCGACUUCGUAAAUGAGGCAGACAACUCCGAGAUGAUGGCCAAAUUCGUCGCCGGAGAACCCCGACUCCGAGACCGUGUGUACAUUCCUAAAGUCUACCGGGAGCUCAGCUCGAAGCGCGUGAUGACAGCCGAAUGGAUAGAAGGCGUACGACUCUGGGACAAAGACUCUAUCACACGUCCCUGGCGCGGAGGCUGGCGCGAAGGCAGCCCCGGCUGCCACGGGACCCCGCUGGAUCCCCCGCAAGCCAAACCAAAACCAAAACCCGCCCCGCGAACCUCGACCUACAAGAUCAAGCCCGAGCGAGAUCAUUGGCGCGGCUGGAACGGCCGCGGUGGCCUAGGCCUCUCCCUUAAGGAUGUCAUGUCCACCAUGGUCGACCUGUUCUCCGCCCAGAUGUUCCUCUGGGGCUGGGUCCACUGCGACCCGCACCCAGGCAACAUCUUCAUCCGCCGCAAGCCCUCGGGCCAGUCCGAGCUAGUGCUAAUCGACCACGGCCUGUAUAUCCACAUGGAGCCGGACUUCCGCCACCAGUACGCGCGCUUCUGGAAAGCCCUACUCACCUUUGACAACCAGACGAUCUCGGACAUCGUCAAGACCUGGGGCGUCACAAACCCGGAUAUCUUCGCCUCGGCCACGCUCAUGAGACCCUACCGCGGCGGUAACCUCUCCACCCAGCAGCACCUCGAAGGGUUGAGUAAAUCCGAGCGCGCCCAGCGGCACUACGAAAUGCAGCAGGCUGCCCGUAAAGCCAUCCGCGAGGUCCUGGGAGAUGAAACCAAGUGGCCGCGCCAGCUGAUCUUCAUCGGCCGCAACCUGCGCAUUGUCCAGGGGAACAACCAGUUCCUGGGCUCUCCUGUGAACCGGGUCAAGAUUACGGGGCUGUGGGCGUCGCGGGCGCUGGCGGAGUCGCCGGACCUCCCGCUGAGCGAGAAGAUCAGGAACUUCGGGCGCCAUCUGUUGUUCCGAAUGGUGCUGUUCUCGAGCGAUGUCUUUUUCUACUUUACCAAGGUGCGGCAAUUCCUGCAUCUCGGUGGUGGAAUGGAAGACGACAUCGAGGCGCAGAUGCAGAUCAUGGCGAAGGAUAUGGGCGUAGAGCUCAACCAUAGCGUGUUCGAGGGCUGA